CAACACAUUCCGGACUUGCUUGGAACUGAGGGCUCCAGAACGAGCAGGCAAACACGGGAUUUAAGAAAAGUUUGUACUCGGAGUGCUGCGCGCAAGGAGGUCUUGGAACCGGCGAUUUAAUUGCGCAAGAACGUUUUCUCCAAAGGCCAGUUUUGAGACUGGACAGUGAUGAUGUCCAUGCAAAUGAACGAGGCAGAGGGCUCGGUGAAGGUGGCUGAGUGGCAGCAGACGUACUACGCCCACGACUCCGGCAUCCAAUCAGGCGCCACCACCGUGCGAGAUGACGAGGGCACAGAGUACAGCGCCAAGAAGUACGCCGUCACCACCACGUUGGUGGAAAACCCUACAGAGGUGGAGGCCCAGUACACCCUGACGCGGGCCCAGCGGGUGAGAGCGGCCAUGUUCCCAGAGACCCUGGUGGAGGGCGAGGCGGUGCUGUCCAUUCAGACUGAUGCCGGUCAGCAGACCAACGUCCAGCGGCUAGCUGAGCCCUCGCAGCUCCUCAAGACCGCCAUCGUCCACCUCAUUAACUACCAGGAUGACGCCGAGCUGGCCACUCGCGCCGUGCCCGAGCUCACCAAGCUGCUGGCCGACGAUGAUGCGGUGGUGGUCAAUAAGGCGGCCAUGAUCGUGAACCAGCUGACGCGGAAAGAGGCGUCUCGCCGGGUGCUGAUGCAGUCCCCCCAGAUGGUGGCGGCGGUGGUGCGGGCCAUGCAGAACACAGGAGACAUGGAGACAGCCCGUUGUGCUGCCAGCGUCCUCCACAGCCUGUCCCACCAGAGAGAGGGCCUGCUUGCCAUCUUCAAGUCUGGGGGCAUCCCCGCCCUGGUCCGCAUGCUCAGUUCUCCCAUGGAGUCAGUGCUGUUCUAUGCCAUCACCACCCUCCACAACCUGCUACUGCACCAGGAGGGAGCCAAGAUGGCAGUGCGCCUGGCCGACGGCCUGCAGAGGAUUGUGCCUCUGCUGAAGAAGAGCAACCCCAAGUUCCUGGCCAUCACCACUGACUGCCUGCAGCUGCUCUCCUACGGAAACCAGGAGAGCAAGCUUAUCAUCCUAGCCAACGGUGGCCCUGAGGGGCUGGUCUUCAUCAUGAGGAACUAUAAUUAUGAGAAACUGCUGUGGACCACCAGCCGUGUGCUCAAAGUUCUCUCAGUGUGCCCUAGCAACAAGCCGGCCAUAGUGGAAGCUGGGGGCAUGCAGGCCAUGGGACAGCACCUGACUGGCUCCAGCCAGCGCCUCACACAGAACUGCCUCUGGACCCUGAGGAACCUGUCUGAUGCUGCCACUAAACAGGAGGGUCUGGACGGCCUGCUGCAGGUGUUAGUGGGACAGCUGGGUUCGGACGACGUCAACAUGCUGACGUGCGCCACGGGGAUCCUGUCCAACCUCACCUGCAACAACUCCCGCAACAAGGCCCUGGUCACGCAGUGCGGCGGCGUCGAGGCGCUCAUCCACGCCGUGCUGCGGGCCGGAGAAAAGGAGGACGUGGCCGAGCCCGCCGUCUGUGCCCUGCGCCACCUGACGUCACGCCACCAGGAUGCCGAGCUGGCCCAGAAUGCUGUGCGGCUGCAUUAUGGUAUUCCUGCCAUCGUCAAACUGCUGGGGCAGCCCCACUACUGGCCUGUGGUGAAGGCCACGGUUGGUCUGAUCCGUAACCUGGCGCUGUGCCCAGUCAAUCAGGCCCCACUGAGGGAUGCUGGAGCCAUCCCCCGAUUGGUCAACCUGCUGCUGAAGGCUCACCAGGACACCCAGAGACACGCCUCCAGUUCUCAGCAGACGUACCAGGAUGGUGUUCGUAUGGAGGAGAUAGUGGAGGGCUGUACAGGAGCCCUGCACAUCCUGGCCAGAGACCCCGUCAACAGGGGAGAGAUCGCCAGCAUGCAGACCAUCCCACUCUUUGUACAGUUGUUGUACUCGUACGUGGAGAACGUGAAGCGUGUGUCUGCGGGGGUGCUGUGUGAGCUGGCCCUGGAAAAGCAGUCUGCAGAGAUGAUCGACGCAGAGGGAGCCUCUGCCCCACUCAUGGAGCUGCUGCACUCCAGCAACGAGGGCAUCGCCACCUAUGCGGCAGCCGUUCUCUUCCGUAUCUCGGAGGACAAGAGUUCUGACUACAGGAAGCGUGUGUCCGUGGAGCUCACCCACUCACUGUUCAAACACGACCCUGCGGCCUGGGAGAUGGCCCACAAUGCUGUACCCAUGCAAGCUGCAUACUUGGCGGAUGAGCUGGAUGGAGCCUACCCCCCCUACGGCUACUCUGACCUGGCCAUGGACGGGAUGCCACUGGAAGCAGAGAUGCAUGAGCAGUACAUGCCUGAGAUGGCCUACGAUCCCCGACAGGCCUACCCAGAGCCCCUCUAACACACAGGGCCAGGCACAAAAUGGAAGGAGUGAAAUUGGCAUGAACACCAAGGAGGGACAGCUGAACGAGGAUUCCACCACAAAGGGAAACUCCUAUUUCAUGGGGAGACAUUGGGCAAUCAGGGGCUGUUGUCAGAAAACACAAGAAAACGAAAAGAAAAAAACAAUAACAACAAUUUUGUGUUCCUCAAAGUGAAAAGUAGCUUUGUUACAGUUAUUGUGGAGGGAAAUUGAACUUUAACUUUUAGAUGCUGUGUUGGUUUUAGACGUUUCCUUGCAUAUUUACAGUGCACAUUCUUUUUUAUUUUUUUCAUGUGUAUAAUUUGCAUGGUGGUAUGCAGAGCCACAUACAGUAAUCCUCAACCAUAACCAGUAACAUUGAGUUCAGACAACAAGAAGUCCUGUUCGUCACGUUAUGAGACCGGUGGCUAUUUGGAACAGCAGCGGUCCAUGUGCUGCCUAUAACCCCAGUCCAGUCCAUGAUCCAGACUACUGCUGGGUUUGAGGGUCCAAGACAAGCACCCUCUUCCCUGAAGGUGUGUCCACAAUCACUCUCUCCCAGUCGAGUGGUCUCCCAAGCACACUAAACUAUAAUAAUAAUAAUAAUAAUAAUAUGCCAUUUAGCAGACGCUUUUAUCCAAAGCGACUUACUGUGCAUACAUUUUUAUGUAUGGGUGGUCCCGGGGAUCGAACCCACUACCUUGGCAUUACAAACUACAACUUCAGCUGGUGCGGUUGGUUCUCCUCUGUUCCUGUGGACCGGUCUUGAUCACAUACAGUUACAGACACUCAACCGACACAGUAUACAUAUGCAUCAUGGACUAAUACAUUGUGCUUCAACAUAAAACGUGUGUAUGAUCCAAAACGUAAUGUCGGGCAGGCCCACACCCUUUAACAGCUACUACAACUGACGUUUCCACAAAGUAUGUGCGUUGUUAUGGAAGAGGUGUUUUUUUAUGUCUUGAUGUUUGGGGGGGGGUUUCUGAGGUAUAGGCAGGGGUUGUAUGCCAAAGAGAUUUAUUUUGUGACGAUGAUAAUCAUAUAGCUUUCUGUUUGUUUUCUAUUUUGAUUGGGUGGGGGUUGUGUGGGGGGAAGCAGUCAUGGGGAUCCUGUUGUUUGUAGUGUGUGUGCUAUACCGACCCCGCUGCACAUUCCUACCUUCCAAACGAUAGAAAAGGCAAAGAGAAACGAGGGAUGAUGUUGAUAAGAGAUGAGUGUACCAUAUGAAUGGAGGGGAAAUUAACACUAUGAAUAUGCAUUUUUACAGAACAUUUUUAGUUUGAAACUUUUUUUCAAAUAAAACAAACUAUAUUAACUA